AUGGCCUCAAAUGGUUGGCCCGGGGCCGACGGCUCCCAGCAGUCCGCGAACGUGUCGCCCACGCAAAGGGUCCUUGACGGGCAAUUGAUCAAGCACCUUCUCACCAGAUAUGGUGCCGACGAAUUGAGUCGCCUGAUUCAGGAGACUACUACCACUCCUUCCGAUGGCGCGUCUAUUAUUUCAUCUACACAGUCGUCCAUCCUGUCUGACGAGUCCAGCGUAUGGGACACGCAAAGCAUACGCACCUUUUCCGACACAUCUUCCAUCACCGGGAGUAUCAUGUCGAAUGUUUCUCGUGGCACUUCCAAAAUUCUAGGGAGACGCAGCCAGAGCAGCAGCGCUUCUGCUGCCGCUCAAGCUCAGGCGGCGCAGACCCAAGAGCAACAGUCGUGGGACUCGUCGACUCCUGAAGCAGCAUCAAGCACCUCAAGUGCAUCCAAGCAGAAGGGGGCUUUCAUGUGCGGCUUCUGUAAAGAGGAGGACAUUACCAAGACCUGCACGAGGAAAAACGAUCUGAAGAGGCACAUCGAAGACUUCCACAACGUCAACGCGCAAUGGUUCUGUCGUCACCGUGGCUGCCAGAUGGUGUUUGAUUGGCAAGGCGCCUACAAGACGCACUUGAAGCAAGCACAUGGUGGUUCUAGGAUGUCUCUCGACGAAGCCAAGGUCAACCUCUGCCCGCAGGUCGUGUUUGCCUGUGGCUUCGACAAUUGUCUGCAGGUGUUCGAGGCCCAAGGAGACUCCGACGCCAGCUCAACCUUUAAGGAAUACGUCAGCCACGUGGUGAAGCACUUUGACGAAGGUACCAACAGCGGCGAGUGGUCGUAUUCGGCAAGGAUACGCAAUCUUCUGCGCCAGAGCCAGGUGCAAUCUGCGUGGAACGAAUCGAUGUGGAACGAAGCCUCGAGAACGUCGCUGCAAUGGAACCCCCAGACGUCUGGAAUCUUGAGGAAGAGACUGGAAUGCCGGCACAUUGGCGAUCUCAAGCUCCUCAUCCAGUACGCUUUCCUUCUUGGUACUGACGCCAGCAGCAUUGGCAAAUUCCGCGAGGACUUCAUCACUCCCGUCGCCGACACGUGCACAAUGCACAUGUCCGGUCACCGAUCUAGGCAGCAAAGCAUAGCGCCUCCCGAGCCGGCCGAUCCCUUCUCGUUCAAGAUCUCGCGCGGAGCAAACCCCCAGCUGGCUGCUUACAUGGCCUCGCAGCGAAGAGUCUAUGUGCCGAGACAGCAGCGGGUAGUACGGCCUCCGCAGCUCCACCAUCCUCACCAGCAAAUGCAGACGUCGAGUGCGAUGGCCAGCCAGACACGACUAUCGCAUUCCUCACAAUCAAGCCACCACAGCCAGAGCCACCAAAGCAACGGACAAAAUCACAGCACGCUCGGACAUUUCUUUCAGACAAUGCCCGAGGCACAGAUGUUCGACCCGAACGGUGCAAGCCAACAGUUUGGUAACAACAGCAACAUGCAUCACAGCGGCAUCAUUGCGGACGACAUGCAGAGUUUACGGAGCAUGGCCGGGGGCACGCCCGAACAAGACGUGGAGAUGCAGGAUCCAGGAAUGAUGACGGACUUUUCGUCGUCAUACCCCAACAUGUCUGCAGAAGACAUCCAGAUCCUCCGCGAUCUUUCGGCGCGCUACGGUACAAACAGCCUCACUUACACACUACGAAACAUCACAUCUCCAGCCCCAACAUCAGCACCAGCCCAGCCCCCCCUUCGCAGCUCUGCUCUCUCCACAACAACCUUUGGCUCCAAUGCGCCUUCUCUGACAUCGUCCGGCCCCUGGUCUACCUCGUCGGCCUCCGUCUGCGACGAUGCCGCCUCCAUGUCCGGCUCCUUCUUCUCCCCAGCCUGGGAUUCUGAGCCGGCCUUCCUCCUCUCCCCCGACACACCCUCGCUCUCCGGGUCGGAUUGGCUCGACAGCACCCAGAUCUCUCCCUGCACCAGGACCUGCCCUCAAAAGUCGGCCGCCCGCAAGCCGAUAGAGUGCCCCAUGUGCGCCGUCUACGAUGUCCACGUCGGCUUCGGCCGCAAGUCGGACUUCAAGAAGCACCUCCUCACUUUCCAUCACGCAAACGCCCUCUGGGUAUGCCCUCACCCGUGCUGCCGCAUGGUCUUCGACUUUGAAAAGGCAUACAUCGCUCAUUUCAAAUCCGAGCACGGCGACAACUGUCCCCCGCCAGACACCACAAAACAGGAUCUUUGCCCGCAGGUCGUCUUCGCAUGCGGCUUCAUCGGCUGCAAGGAAGUCUUUGAAUCAACCUCCGACGUUGAUGCUUCCUCCACGGCAGAGACAUUCUUCGACCACCUCGCAGGCCAUUUUGACAAGCGCAGCGCCGCCUCGGAGUGGACCUACUACCACCAGGUCCAGAACCUCUUGCGCCAGAGGAGUCUGAAGGACGAGUGGAAGCACACCCUAUGGGACAAGUCGGCCCGCAACCAGCUGCGCUGGCAGCCCAGAAGUUCGGGCGACCUCAAGAAGCUCCUCGAGUGCAGGCACCUCCUCGACGUCCCUCGCAUCCUUCACGCGGCUUGGACCCUCGGCCAGACCUCCUUCUCCUCCCCGGAACACCCCGCUCCUGAGUUUCCCGGCGCCGCGUCUCGCCCACUUCUGCACACCUGCGCCUUCUCCUCCAAGGGCCACUCUGAACUUCAAGUCACGCAGCAGCCAUCUACGACCGGCCCGCAGACCCUCUUCACCCUGCGACGCUUCCUCUUCCCCGUCAAUCACGCGACCGUCUCCCACCCGCCGCCGCGCUCCAUCCCCGAAGAGCCCGAUUCCCUGGAAUACCCUCACCCUGGCACGCCCAUGGUCCUCCCCGAGAGGGACGAUUGGUCUGCCAACGUUGUCCUCGGCCCCCCUGAGGACGAGCAGCUCUUCGACCCCAUGCUCUACCCCUCCACUCCCAGUCACGAAAACCCCAUCGCGCCGUGGAGCCAGAGCAUGGGCGAUCUCAGCCCGACGGCCGACAGUGAUGGCUCCUCUGGACCGCUGCUGCAGGUCCCCACGACGACGAAGCAGAAGCGCCAUCUCAGCUGGGGCAAGCGCAGUCUCGAGAACCUGAGGCUCAAGAGGAGGGGCGGCGUCGAGGACCGCGGCGCGGCGUUGCCUGCGUGGAUCUGA